CUUGAUAAUAUUAGGCUCAAAAAAGUUUUACACUAUCCCUAGUGAGUUAAGUUACCCCAGGACCCGAAAAUCGAAAUUGUCAUGAAAUGGAUUGUGGGCCAACCGGAACCGGAUAUGCCAUCCUACAAACGAGUGGCUCUCUCUGCCUCGUCUCAACAAAGAAAUACACACGAAACAAACCCCAUCCAUGGCACCCACUGCACCCUCACCCUCGCAUCAUCAACGACAAUGGCUAACUUAACAACCACCACUACAAUCUCUUCUCUUUGGUACCACUCCCACUCCACUAAACCUAAUUCACUUCUUAAUCUCAAAUCCAAACUCCAAUCUUACCCAUCAUCGACAUCAAGAGCACCAACAACCUCAAUGGCUGCCACCACCGCCACAAAAGUAAUACCCUCAAUCAUCGUAGGCGGUGGCCGUGUCGGAAAAGCCCUACAACAGAUGGGCGCCGGCGAGGAUUUGCUCGUGAAGAGAGGCGAGCCUGUCCCGAUCGAUUUCCCAGGCCCGAUACUGGUGUGCACUAGGAACGAUGAUCUAGACGCUGUUCUUCAAUCCACUCCUCAAUCCCGUUGGAACGAUUUGGUGUUUUUCCAGAACGGGAUGCUGUCGCCAUGGUUCGAAAGUAAAGGUCUAGGUGAUGCUGAUCAAGUGUUGGCGUAUUUUGCUGUUGCGAAGCUUGGUGAGCCUCCUAUUGAUGGUAUAACCGAUACGAAUCCCGAGGGGUUGACUGCUUCAUUUGGGAAAUGGGGUUCUGCUGUUGCUGAUAGGUUACGCGCUGGAGGUCUUUCUUGCAAGGUACUUGAGAAAGAACCAUUUCAGAAGCAAAUGCUAGAGAAGCUUAUAUGGAUAUCGGCAUUCAUGCUUGUUGGAGCUCGUCAUCCUGGAGCUACUGUAGGCGCUGUAGAAAAGGACUUCCGUUCUGAGGUUGGUAGCCUCAUAAGUGAACUGGCAUCUGCAGCAGCCACAGAGAAAGGCAUUGUAUUUGAAGAAGGGGUCGAGGAAAGGUUAUGUGCUUAUGCUCGAGCAGUUUCACACUUCCCUACAGCAGUGAAAGAGUUCAAAUGGAGAAACGGGUGGUUCUAUUCACUCUCAGAGAAGGCAAUCGCUCAAGGGAAGCAAGAUCCGUGUCCUUUGCACACCGCAUGGCUUAAAGAACUAAAUAUUGUUCAGUAAAUUAUGUGUCAUUGUGUACCCAAGUGUUUCAGACAACUCUUUAUAUUAAAUAAUCGCACAUUUCUAUUCAUGAAAAUCGACAUUUCUCUUAGAUCAAUGUAACAAAUGUAAAACUAAUAGAAUUAGAUACAUUAUCACCAUUCAUCAUACAAGCAGAAAAAGGAGAUACAAGAUUUUGUUUGGUGGUUUAGUGUGAAAUUAUAAUUUUAGUUUUCUUUUGGCAAUUGAUUCUUUGGCUAGUUUGACUUGACACAGUGCCUUUUGAGUUGGGUUUAAGCCAUAACAGAUGUCCCCGGCUCCUAGAGUAACAGCAAAAUAGAGAUACACAGUGCAGAGGACAGCAAGAAGUACAAGAGCAGUUAGUAGGUAGCGAUGUCUCCUGAUAACUGUUGAGAAGCUACCCAAUUCAUCUUCUUUUAUGUAUUGUUUUUUGACUGAAGGUGAAGAGAAUGGUGUCUGUGACCUACGAUGAGGGGAGGUUAUCACUCCUUCUAGAACCAUAUCUUUUUGGCUUUUUGCAACUGGAAUUCUAAAUGCAGAAGAAAAGGAAAAAAAAACAGAAAUCCACAUGAGUAAUCAUACAUCGAUCAACAAAAACUCUCAUAAUUGAACAAGCUAUAAUAAUCUCUGGUUGCAAAUGUACAACUGCAAAAACGAUUAUAAACAAACGGAUCUAGAAGUAAGUAAUGUUACUGGUAAGAAUAAUUAGCCGACAGUCAUAAAUGAUAAAUGCAUGAAGUUUUUCUUUCACUUGAAGAGAUGUUCUAGUGAGGUGACGUAGAUUUGGUUCUUUGUGAUCUGAAAUUUCAGCGAUUCAAGAGUGAAUUACUUUCUUAUUGUAUGAUCUGUAUAGAAUUCAUUUAUGUUUCUUACUCAAAAACUAUCGUGUACAUGAACAACAACUCAGAUGAUCUCAAAUGCACAAGCGUAUAAUUGCAGAAACAGUUAGAAACAACCAACGCGCAAAAUGCAGGCAAGCAAACUUCAAAUUAUUCAGGUUGGAAAAGCACAAAUUGCAUUAUCUAGUUACAUUAAUUGCAAAUCAAACCAGAUUAACUCAACUAUUACAAAUCGGACUGAUCUAAAUCAAAUCAACAACAACACCGAUCUGUUCGGAAGAAGUAACGGAGGAGAAAAUGACUUACCGGAUAGGAGACAGAAGUUCCCGCUAAGUCAACGGAUCGCUGGAAGAGACGAUGAUAUUGUCGGUUAUACUACUCUCCGGAGACGUUCGCGCACUUUCCAGAUUAAAAGUGAAGAUUUGGGUCGGGUGGGGUCGUAUUUGGCAG